UUGUUCAUGAUACCAGAUGACUUUUGCGAAUUAUCCUAAACACUUGUUACUUUUAACUGUUUUUCACUAUCGCCUUUAACAAUUUUCUCUUCGCGAAUUAAAUUAAUUUCUCAUCAUCGAUCAAAGUGAUUUUUUGUGUAAAAAAUUCAAUUUAAUCUUCGUUCUUAGAUCGACGCUGAAGACUUUAGUGCGAUUACUAACUUCUUAAAAAUUCCGCGUAAAAGCAAACAUUGCUUUUGAAUUUUAUUUAUAAAUGAGUUUUAAUUUAUGUGAUAGUGAGUACGAAAGUAUCUUUUUUAAAUCCAACAAUUUUGUGGAGCCGUGCGAAUUGGUGAGGGCCAUUAGUUUUCGUGAAAGCGCAAUUCUUCUACGAGGAGUUUGUUUUCUUAAACGAAUUGUAUCUUGUAGAGAGAAAUAGUGCACAUUAUAUCGACACAUUUAUAUCUCACUCUGGACGUGCAUCUUUUCAACGUUUUCAAGAAUGGAAUACGAAAAACUAAUACAAUGGGAAUAGCUGCCAUCAGUACCAUGUCAUGCCCUUGCGUCGACGAAAUCAUCAUCGGCUGAGUUUCACACAUCUGAAAGCCACGUGGUACAUUUAUUAUUUAUGAAUGGAUGGAGCUGCGACGGGGAUCGUUGAAGAAGGAUCGGUUGCGGAUCUGGGAGAUUUAGAAAGAUGGUGGAACAACCCAGGGAUCGCGGCCUGGAGCAUCGUGCUCUUCGGCUGCUUUCUUCUCAACGCGACUCUUCUGCUGGCGUUUCUUGUACGGCCCGGACUACGCACAAUUUCUAACAGAUUCGUGAUGAACUUAACCAUCUCGAAUUUGCUGACGUGUGCCAUGCUGAAUCCGCUGCUAAUGAUGGACGGACCGGUACAAGGUAACACGUUGACAACAUCUACGUCGCCGUUCGGCUCGACGUCAACGUCAACAUCGACGUCCACAUCGGCCGCCAGCAAUAUUUGCACGAUUUCAGAAGGCGCGACCGCGCUUGUCACCACGUCAUCGGUACUUUCGGUUCUACUGAUCGCUAUUGAUCAGUAUUUCGCCGUGGUGGACCCGUUGCGUUACCGUGCUCGGGUCGAUAAGCUUAAGUCGGCUGUGCUGAUCGUCUCCGUCUGGCUGAUCUCGGCCGGAUUCGGCUUGGUUGCUGCUUUGAAUCCUAGCCCGCGUAGUCUGUGGUUGUCCUGCACCACGACUACAUUAGAUAAUUCGUCCUUUCGCGAACGUAUUGCGUCAAAUAUUUCCGCGAUAGUGGAGGCGCCGAUCGACCUCGCGUUUACAUUCUUCGGUAACGAGACUGAGAAGAUUGAUGACACGACGCCGAUGCUUUUAAAGACCGAAUCGAUCAAAGUUGAUCGCAGCAUCGGCCUCCUCGAGAACUCCACUGUGAUCUUCCGUACUCUGACCAACGAUUCCGUCACUUACGGGCUCAUCUACGCGAUCGUAUACAGCGUGUUUGCGUAUCUGUUUCCGUUCGCCGGAGUCUGCUGGAUCUACAUCAGAAUCUACUCGGCCGCGCAUCGGAACUCCGAGAGAACUCGCCGGACUGGUUCGCGACCGAUCCUAUCAUCGGCUAGCUUCUGCGAAGAUUCGUAUGCGAGACCGCAGCAUCAAUCCGCUGACACGUUUCCGGAAGAAUUCCGAAGAAUACCUAAAAUUUCGAGUCUCUCGUCCAUCGAUGAAACUAGCGAGACCGCGCAUUCAGCCAAUCAGACGUCGCGUCGAAGAUCGUUCUCGUCAUCCUCGGACACUGCGCCAUCAGGACCAAAUGACGAGAAGACUUCGUCGGGAGUCGUUUUCACAGUCGGCAUGCAACCAGUGGAAGUCUCGUCUUCACGCGAACAAGAAAACGAUAAUAAUCUGACAGAAGCGGCAGACUUCGAGAACGAUCGCGAUGUUUCGACUUAUGAGAACCUUGUCAAAAAAAGAUUUGGUAAUAUGGAAACGAAUCGCAGGCGGAAAUCAUCACACGAUUUAACAGAUGAGACCGGAGAGUCUUCCGAAUGGAUUGCCGGAGAUUCCAGCGGAUCUGAAUCCGAGGAUGAUCGACAUUACAAUUACUUUGAUUCCUUGGAAGUUCCUAGUGCAACUCGCAAGAGAGCGGACGAGAGAUCUUCCAAUUAUCUGUUAUCAUUCACUACAUGUGAGAUAACGAAAGAGCCAUGUGAAAACGCGGAAACUUCCAGACAGGAUUCUCUCGAGAGGACGACUCGUCAUAUUGAAGAAGCAGAGAAUUCUGUCACUAUUAAAAGCGCAGAACCGGAACAGAUUCAAAAUGAGAUCUCGAAUUUCAAUAGUAAUUCAGAGAAUAAGAGAUCUAGACGACCAAGUCGCCGUUUGUCGAAAUCCAGUAUUUUGGAAGUUAGCGGGGAAUUACAUACGAUUGAGCGUAGAAACGCGAACAACAAUCUGGAACCCUCGUCUUGCCUUCUAACGCCGAUCGUGACAAUCACGCCAGCGCCCGGAAAGCCGGGUACUCUGCAGCGGGCGGCCAGCGUUCGCAGCACUAGCAGUUACAUUAACUGUAUCAAGCACAGAAUCAGUAAUGGCUCCUUAUUCAAGUAUCGCGAGGAGACUCGGGCGGCCAGGAUCAGCGCGCUGGUGAUCGUCAUGGGUUUGAUUUGCUGGUCACCGUAUGUGCUGUUGAGUAUCAUUAAGAAUCUACCGCAGUACUCGGAUAUCAAGUUCCCGCACGAAUAUGACGUGCUCGCUCUCAGCUUCUUGAUCUUGGCCGCGUAUGCGAGCCCGUUGCUCUUCGGUUAUCGGUCCAAACGGGUAAAGCGUGAGUUGCGUAAGUUUUUUUGCUUCCAUCGCGAACUAUCGUACAAGAAUAAUCGUAGCCUGAUGGCGAAGAAAGUGCUGAAACGCCGGCACAGCAGCACUUUAAGCCAUCUGGAGAUGGAUCAUCGGUAUAACAUCUUUAAUUGCGUCUACGGCAAAAGCAAGUGGCCCAAAGAGAAGGUACAAUUUGUGCAGGUGCCAGACACCGCCCUCGCGGUGGAGACUUGCAGAAGUAGCUUCUCCAGCGGCGCUAGUACGCAGAUCUCCAGCACAUCCACGGAGGAGUGUUGAAUCGCGAAUUCGGAUUUCACGAAGCUGUGUGUCGAAAUCGCGAGAGAAUUAGUUCCUUCAAAUAUGAUUAAGUGUGAAAAGGGAUACGAAUGGUGUGAGAGACAGCGUAAAUUAUUCCUGCGUUUAUAUAUCUGUCGUCUUCGAGCGAUCGAGACAAUAACGAAAUAAAUGACGUGGCCGGAUGAGAAAACAGUUUGUGUGUAUGUUUUGAUAUGCGAAUCGGCAUACUUUCACGAGUUCGUCAUAGUUCUUAGGUGUUCCAGAGAUAGAUCCUUCUUUAUUUUCGAAUAUAUGAAUAGAGCUGAAUGACGUUCUCAUUACGUAUCUUCUUGCAUCCUAAAUUCAGAUGCAAAUCGUUCUUUUUCACACGUUUUCUCACUUGUACGUAACGAAAUUCGAUCUUGCAAAAUAAAAGUGCAGUUUAUUUUGAAAACAUUGCGAAUAUAAAAACUCUCGGCGAGAAACCUCGUCAUAAAGUAACUGAAUAAUACGCAUCGGCAUACGCACAUUAUAUCGCAAUCAAAAUAAACGGUCCGUUGCAUCGUUUCGAGCUUUGGCGACGACGUGAUGACUGUUCGAUGAAAAGAGCAUCCGUAUUAGUAUUCAGAGCAUUAUUAUCAUCGGGUAUCAGCCAGCUCGAAAAGUAUUAGAGUUCGCCGAACCCGAGAAGGAGGCUUUAGUCUUUACGCUUAUUUACGUACUGCAUUCACGUACUUCCUUCUCCUGCGUUUGUAGCAUUGUUUGGUGCACGCAGGUAGAUCAAGCGGUGCAGCAGUGUACAUUUUUGAACGAUUAUUUAUUCGAAUGCGUCGUAUGCGCGUGUAUUGUACGACUCUAUGUAGAUAUGUACACAGCAUUUCAUGACAAAAUUCUCGUGCCCCGUCGAAGACACCGCUCCUCUAAUUAUUAUUUUUGUACAUUACGAAUAUACAUAUAUAUACAUAUAUACUCAUUUAUAUUUAUAUUAAACAAUUUGUACAUAUAGAGAGAAAAGGACGGCGAAUCUCACCAUUGCUAGUUUGUAUUCUGUACGUAGAAUUAUUCGUAUCCUGUGUGUGUAGAACUUCAUCAAUGUGUACAAGUGGUCUGUAGUAAUGUAUGAUGUAUUGUCAUUACCGUUUGGUAUUAUCCGUCAUGGUGAACUCAACACAGGCUGUCUAUAACAUGUGAUAACACGAAACCAAUCGCCACUUAAUAUUAAUUAAUUUAUGUGACUUUCUCAAUAAAAUAUUUUUUUGCGAGAGGCAAUCGAGA